AUGUCAUCGCCGAACACCAGUCCGGGCUACGACUGGAUGGCACUCCUUGGCCGUGACGCGCCCAAUGCGAUUCAUGACAGAUGCACGACCGAGUUGCCUCCACCGAAUAGCGAUGCCUCAACCCUUAGCAUCGCUUAUGUUGCCGAAGGAGGCGUGCAAUACCAAAUGCGCAGUGCUGAGUAUGUCGCCAGCCGUGUGAGCGACACGAUAGUAUCCAGGACCAAUCAAGCGGCCGACUACCAGAUGCAGGCAUUCGAUGCUGGUGUAUCUGGUUUCGAGCGGCUCUAUAACCAGCAGAAGCACAUCGUCGAAACCCAGGAAUCGCAAGUCAAGCUACAGCAGAAGGUCAUUGAGGAUCAGCAGACCCAAGCUGCUGCUCUCAGGAGCAGCGUGGAGAGCAUCCUUCCGCAGUUGAAAGAGUUGCAGGCUGGACCGCCAUCGAAGAAGCGCAGACACUCGGAGACGUCACAAGCCGACAGCGACAGUGACGACGCUGGUGGCACGUCUCGGAAGUCUCUGAAGACUAAGCUAUCCAGAAAAGUCGAGCUUAUGGGUCAAUUGCGCCGCAUCGAGGAUAAGGUUGAGAGCAAUCUUGCCGAACGCCAAACCAUGGACGUGAGACUUGACAACCUGUCAGCGGCGCUGGUGCAGGUCGAGAAUGUCACUGGUCUGUCUGACCACUACGUUAGAGAGAGCAUGGCUGGCAUCAAGAGGGCUCUCGCUGACAACAAACAUGCUGAGAAUGAGCAUGCAACGAUUUCUGCGGCCCUCGACACACUCAACACUCAGUACCAAGCCCUCAACGAAACGACCGAAGGCGUCAACGGCAAAUACAAAGGCCUCGUCAACGGAAUGACAGUAAUGGCGCAGCACAUGGACGAGAUCAGUGGAACGUCGCAAGCCACGACCAACAACACCUUCGCGAUGCGCUCCGACCUGGUCAUCAUCAAGUCAAAGCUGUCUAGUCUCGACAAUAGCGCAACUGAAGUCAACCAAGCACUCAUUACCCUCGACAAAAAGGUCGAUGACGUUAACGACAGCGUUACCGGCGUCCAAGAAGACCUUGCAGACGUGCAACAGGACGUCAAGGACUGUGGCGGCGGACAGGACGCCCUGUCCGAUGACAUGACCUCGAUGCGCGGGGAGGUGCGAGAGAUCAAAGCUAUGCUCACGGCUCUCAUGGCCGCCGUGAGACCUGGCGCUUGUCGUUCUGUCGGCCAUGCGGGGCCUCGAAAGCUGGAAGUGCAUGUUACGAUUAGCCUCGAGGGAGAGAUGCCCGGCGCGAAGCAGGAUUCCUUCGUUGCCGCGAUGGCCGUCAAUGUCGAAGAGUGCGCAUCUCUGCGCGAGCUGGAUGAGCGGAUGACCACGGAGCUGUAUCCGAGGAUUGUACGUGCAUUCGGUCUUGUGGAGGAGGAGCAGGAGGAAAGCAAGGAGGCCGAAGAUGACUCAGUAUGUUUCUACCACUACUUCGAGUUCCAUGGGGAUGCUGACGUUGCCGCCAAAGGUGAAGGAGGAGACGGGAUGGAUUUGCUUGAACUCGCCGACGAAGACGACUUCACCAGGUGGCGUGCAAGCAUGCUCGUGUACGGCGAUCGAGUGUUGAAGCUUGGCUGCCGUGGGGCCUUGACUGCGGAUGCUGAUAAAGCCGAGGAGUGGAGGGACGUUGGGAGGAAGGUGUCGUCCAUGGACAUGCGUGUGAGCCCAAAGAGAUUCUUUACGAACUAG